AUGGCUGCUGUUCCCUUCGCUGGCCGUCGCAGAGAUAUUCUUGAGAACCACCUUGCGCUACACGAUGAACACCAGGCUGCGAAAACCCUUGACACUUUCUGGCCUAUCGUCAUGACUGCUUUCAAGGCUGAGUUCCCUGGAGACGACGUACCAGACGCUGCAAAGGACGCGAACGGCAAGAAGCCGUUGACACUCCGAAAGCGUAUCAAACAAUGGUAUAACAAUGCUCGCCGCCGCCGUAACCGCGUCGUCGCGCCCAACGCGCCAGCCAGCACCGAAGCUGCUGCUCACGACGCGCCCGCGCCAGCAACCGUUGCCUCGCAUGCCCGUCUUCAAGCUGAGACGGGCGGCAUGCUCGACCUGCUCUCCAAACCCAACCGCAAGCAGACGGAAGGACAAUAUUACAUGUCGUUCUUCUUCGACACAAAUGUUGUGCCCACCAUGGUGCCGUAUGCCGAGUACAAGGAGCGACAGGAGAAGGCGAAGCUGAAGGUGCUGCACCAGCUCCCGUACAACGUCAAGUGCGCGAACGAGAAGUACGCGACGGAACCGGAGUCGCUCAAAGUCGAACUGCGCCGCUUCAAGCACCUACAAGAGCAAUCGCUCGAGGACAUCGUUUCCGGCUCGCCCCAGCUGAUGAAGAUCUUGACGGAAUUAGGCGUCAUGGAGAAAGAGGCGGCGGAGAGGGCGCGAAUGAAGCAGGAGCAGAACGAAGAGACGUUGGGCGGCGGGAUUCCCGGCCCGGGCACCGACCCUGACGCCAUCACUCCUGGCCCGAGUAACGCGAGCGCGCCGACGGCAGCCGGUGGGGAAGACGACGCGAUGGAGAUUGACAACAUUGGCGGUGACGAUGUGGUAGUAGGAACGUUGGGCGGCGGGAUUCUCGACCCGAGCGCCAAUCCUGACGCCAUCACUCCUGGCCCGAGUGAUGCGAGCGUGCCGACGGCAGCUGGUGGAGAAGGCGACGCGGUGGAGGUUGACGGGGACGGUGUGGUAAUAGGGACAGGGUCGGCGGCGGAUGUGACGAAAGAGGGCGAUGGUAUGCAGGACAUGACGGUUAUGGCGGACGAUGAGUUGUUGAAGCUGCUCGAGAACGUGCGUGAGAUCAAGACGAUGCAGCGCGAGCGAGCAAUUUGUAAACUUGAAGGCGCCCUCGCCAAACUCAUGCGUGGCGUGGUCUAUCACACCGGCUACUCUAUCAGCAUCAUCGUUGGCGGCCCGAAUCCAGGCAAGAACGGGGAAACGGAUGUGGCCCAUUAUCAUUCCGGACCCGUACGAGGGACCAGCUUCCUCAAACACGACCGCGACUUGUGGAAUGAUAGCAUCGUCCCGGCGUUCAAAACCUUCCUGAACGACACCACCGAAUCGAGUGUACGCGAUACUGUGGGCACAUAUGGCUCCGGAACGGCUGCGGAACAGGCCAAAGCAUUGGCGGUGGCGCCGGUCGGGAACAUCACCAUACACGGCACGGGCAUCCCUGACACCAUCGACGGAUCGGCGCCGGCGACAACGCAGAAUCGGCCAGUACCGUAUCAGGCUCGAUUUGCCACGUCGCGACAGGCCUCCGUGGCGUCGAGCAAGCCGUCGACGGACGGUCAUCCCGCGCAGUCGCGCACCAAGCGGACAAGUCCAAGCGCGAGUUCAUCCAAAGAUGACGACUCUCAGGCAAGCUCCCAGACGGGAAAGCGGCGUCGAGUGGAGGGCGAGACCGUUGACGAUCGCACCCGCGCCAAGCAGCCAUCAUCUCGGAAACGGACGCGCGCACGCGGUAAAGAGGGAGAACGUACUUUGGAUGAGGAUAGCGAUCUCGAGGAUCGCGAAGGGCUACAGGACGAUGAUGGGUGGGGACCAAGCGACAUCCCGCCGCCUCGCUCUGACGGCGCUGGUGAAUCAGACGAGGAGUAUGCCACAAGCGCCGAAGACGACAACGUACCUAGCGACUGGAGCGAUCAGGGGUCUCGCGAGCCCUGGGAUCUUGAUCCCAAACGACGUCACUACCGUACCGGCAAGCGUCUAUCCGAUGAAGAAUACAGGCGUGUCCAGCAGUCGACCACAACACCGCAGAAGUUCAAGAAGGUUCGUAACCGCCGCGUGCUGUCACUCGAGCAGAGAGAGCGGGAGCGAGAGGGACGCCAGCCGUAUCGACCGGAUUGGAUGUUGGCGCGGAAACGGCGCAUGUCCGAGGGAGGUAGCGGAGAUGAGGAUGCACCGCCGCGCCAGCGUCAGCGCUUAGAAGACCAGCCUGCGGAGGGUCGGCCCGAACAAGCGACUCCCGCAUCACCCUCACCCGCAAUGGAAGGCCCCGCAGACACGGGCGGGUUGCCCGUACCGUCUGGCAAUGCUGUCCCUACAUCGACAACAACCAAUACGCCUGCCUCGGGAAUUAUCUCGCUACCCGGUGCAAAGGAGCAAGAGCCGACGCCGCGGACACGCCCAACAUCCAUCGGACCCGAGCCAACUCCCGGCCCUACUUCUGAGCCAACACCAAAGCCCGCGCCCGCGCCUGUCUUGGAUCCUUCGCGAGAGUCGACGCCACGACCCGCGCCAGAGGGUUUCCCCAAGCCCGCAACAGAGCUUGCGCCCGAACCCGCGCCACAGCCCACGCCCGAACCCGCGCCACAGCCUACGCCCGAACCCGUACCACAGCCUACGCCCGGACCCGCGCCCGAGUCUGCGCGUGCUACGGUACCCGAUCCUCAGCCGAACGUCGCGCACGGCGGUAAAAUACCGCUAGGUACGCCAAGUAUGGGCGAAUCGCAUGCAGCAGGGGCUACGCUAGCCCCGAUACCGGUCGCUGCAGGGCCGAAGCCACGCCCUCGUCCGAAACCGGUCCAGCGCAAGAAGCCCUCGGAUACGAGCAGUGGCCCUGCAUCUGCUCAGGCCGAAGGCGAUGUGAGCCAGACGCAAUUAAAGGAUGGCGAGGCGAGGAACGGGCGCGAAGACGCGAUAGUCACGCAGCAGCGCUCUGAAGCACCGCCGUCCCGUCGUACUUUGGCGCCUCGAUCGUGUAAUGCGUCAAGCGCACUCCCUCCACCACCGGCAGAAAGCAUGGAAAGCGGGGUGCAGAACCAAGAAGAGUUGGACGCAGUGCUGGCACCUGGCUUUGAUGGGCGAUCGCUUGCGGGCGUGGUGGACUACAUUAAGACGCUUGAAAUAUCGCAGCGGGCCUCCGAGCGCGAUCUUGUCGUCUCCGUACUAGAGUCGUUGGCUCCUCUAAGUUCGGACCCUCGGUGGGAGUCGAUCCUGAAGCGCUGGGCGUACCUCGAGUGUCAGCUGGGCUUCCCACUGCGAGAGGAUCCCGGUCAUAAGCUUUCCACGACAUCUCGCCCCGGCCAGUGCUCGUGGUGGAUGCGGAAUGCUCGUCGCAAGCUCACGACGGUGCCCGACAUCAGGAAGGAAGAGCUCAACGCCUACGGCGAGAGCAUGCGGGGCUGGUUUAGGUCGUGGAUGCCGGCGUGGAGGAGCCCUGGUAAAGCCUGGCCGCUUCUGCGUGAAAAACCCGAGGGAGAGACGUGGGCGCGUGCACGGAAGGGAGGCGCUGGAGGGGUAUUCGUUGCUGUGAUCGCAGUGGGGUGGUGGAUAAAGCAGGCCGUCACGACCUCGGCGCGCAAGCAAGCUUGGGCCGUCGCCGACGACCUGCUGUGGGCAUUGGGAGAGUUAUCGGACCUGGAUAACUAA